AGACCUGGACAUUUUUGUUAGGAUACAUGGCAUCAUGGACUCAACAGAUAUUAAAUGAAAACCUGACUGCCUCUGACAGAAAGCUUAAAAUGAACCAUGGUUGGACUUCCAGCAGGACAAUGAUCCAAAACAUUCAUCAAAAUCAACACAAACAUGUUUUACUGACCACAAAAUCAAGGUCCUGCCAUGUCCAUCCCAGUCCCCUGACUCGAAACCCAUAGAAAACCUGUGGGGUGUACCUCGACAUUUGAAGGCUCUGGAGAGAUUCUGUAUGGAGGAACGGUCUCAGAUCCCUUGCCAUGUAUUCUCCAACCUCAUCGGGCAUUAUAGGAGAAGACUCAUAGCUGUUAUCUUGGCAAAGGGUGCCAAUAAUUGUUGCACACCUAUAUUUCACAAAGAUUUUUUUUUAUAAACCUGUGUUCUGUUAGCAAUUGUUUGAUAUCUAUGAGAGCAGAGUAUUUUUGUGUGUUUUUUUAAACAAAGGAUCAGAAGGUUAAACAAUGAAGACAAUUUUUCACAGCCUUCUUUGCUCAUGUUUACCAAGGGUGCCGAUAAUUCCCAAGCUGACUGUAAAUUGAUGGUGGUAUUUAUUAUUCAUUGUUUGAAAUGACUACAUUACCUUCGCCUAAGUUUUUUUUAAUGCAUUAGAAGAUGAGAUUUGUAUACUGUAUGUAUCCCAGAUUCCUUUUGUGUUGACUUAAGGUUGCAGCCAAAUUGAGUUCUGAAAGGAACCAUGAACCUGGUGCGAUUAAAGUGUGGAAUUGGAUUGAAGAAUGAUUAAUGACCUUCACCAUGGGAACUUGGUAAAAGGCUUGAUUGACAGAAGUGCAAUAUUGAUUCACACAUUCAAUAGUCUAGCAAAUCUGGAGGAAAAAAAAAGUCUCUCCCUGUAAAUCUAUGCUAAGAGUGUACAAACUCAAACCCUGUUAUAAAAAAAUUCCACACAUUUAUAUAUACAAGACUUAAUCACCUUUUCAGACAGAUCCAGCCAAGCAGGGAGCAUCCUACAGUAAACUACUUAUUAGAUUAAAAACACAAGACAUUAGUCCCUUGCAUCUUAUAUCUAAAUCUUGUUGUCCAAUUUGCAGAACAUAUUGGUGGAUCCUGUGGUGUUUUCCAUUGUGAGGUUUGUGGGAGGUUUGACCUUGAAGUCCCAGACCCUUCAGCAGGAUGCAAUUCAGACUAAACCUCCGUCAGACUAAACACUGAAUGCCAAGGCUAUGGAGCUUUGGGGAUUAGAAUCCACCUCUACAAAUGGCAUCAGAAAUAAAAAUGGAAAUAUGAACCGAAGACAAGAGUGGAGCCUCUUUGGCCCUGAGGUGGGCGUUUGGGCUGACAGGAGGGUAUAAGUAAGAUGGCUAAUGGUGACGGACGACAUAAGACAGAAAGAAUCUCCAGCAGGUGAUGAUGCGUGGAAUCACCAUGGUGUUGCUGUUGCCGAUGCUGGUGUGGGCGGGGUCAGAAUGCAAGGCGCGCUGUUGUCUUACCAACAUCUCCAUCACCGUGGAGAGCGACGAGUGUGGCAGCUGCAUCACUGUCAACACCACGGCCUGCGCUGGCCUCUGCCAGACCCAGGAGAGAGCAUACCGCAGCCCAGUGGCACCGUACUUCCAGAACACCUGUAAUUUCAGGGACUGGACGUAUGAGACCAUCCAGCUGCCGGGCUGUCCUCUGGGGGUUGAUUCGUCCUUCACCUACCCCGUGGCGCUGAGCUGUGAGUGCAGCCAGUGUAACACAGAGAUCACAGACUGUGGCGCUUUCAGCAUGCAGCCGAGUAGCUGCCACACACACGCCUACUACUGAACCAAGUCGCAUCAGCUCAGCCAACAGCCCAAAGCCCUCGCAGCAAUCUGGAUCACUUUCAGCAUCUUAAUAUCAUUUUAGGAAUAUUUUGUACCAAGAAGUUUCAUCCUUCCUUCACGUUUAU